AUGUUCAAAAUUAGGAUUCGUGUUUUAGUCGGAAUCAUGAUUUUUCUGGGAUAUUUUUUGAAUUAUAUCAUGCGGUAUAACAUGAGUGUGCACAUUGUGGACAUGGUUCAAGUUUCUAAAAGAGAUAAUUAUUACUUAAAUUACAACAGUUCAAAUAUUCAAAGGACAUACUCUAUGAUUGGUAGCAUUAUCGACAUUAUAAAUUGGGAUGACAUGAAAAUGGCAAAAUUGUUUUCAGCCUAUCAUAUAGGAUAUUGUAUUUGCUUCCCCAUUUUUCAUAACAUGGGAGACAGGCUAGGCCCAACGUGGGCAGUGGGCAUCGCUGGGCUAACUUCUGGCGUCCUCAGCUGCCUCACUCCAGCGGCCGCAUAUUACCACUUCUGGGCCGUGUUCGCAGUUCGCAUUAUGUGUGGCUUUUGCGCUGGAGCUAUGCAGCCUAGCAUGGUGCAAGUACUAAGACAUUGGGUGCCCCCUACAGAGAGAAAUCACUUCAUGUGGGCAUAUUGUGGUAUAACAAUCGGUACAUGCUCAACUUUUCUUCUGUGCGCUGCUGUGCACUACUACUCACAGUGGCCAGUGGGGUUCUACGUGUCUGGUGGGGCACAGGUGCUGUGGGCGACGGUAUGGGUGCUGACGGUGACCGACUACCCUCGCCAUCACCUCUACAUCUCCAAGGAAGAGCUGGACUAUCUCGUGAACACUAUCGGAAAUGUCUUUACGAUUAAGUUAACAAACUCACAGGCCCCUUGGAAGCUAAUAUUGAAAUCUGUCCCAUUUUGGGCUUUAUGCACAUUGAAUUUCGGCUAUUCUUGGAUGAUCAUAUCACUGUGUCUCUAUGGCCCGUAUUACUAUUCGAGAGUGGCGGAGUACAGUAUUUACAGCGCAUCUGCUCUAACUGCGCUGCCAUUUUUUCUGCGGCUCAUACUGGGAAUUAUCGUCAUACAAACAUUCCAUUGGUACAAACACAACACAAAGAUUCGAAGAAUUAAGCACAUCAGAAAAUACUUCAUUGUUGUAUCUCACGUGAUCCCAGGCUUGAUGGUGUCUAUUUGCUGGUUGCUACCCAUGGUUCCGGGCCCGAUACUGCUGACCAUAGCAGUCGCGCUCACCGCUGCUGGCAUGGAUCUUACAUUAGAUUUGUGUUAUGAAUUGACCCCUACGUAUGUGAAUUCUAUCAAUACAGUGAUCAAAAUAAUAGGAAACACGUCAGGAAUCAUUUUAUCUUUCUGUGUUGGGCAAGUUACACAGAAAUAUAAGAACUCUCCGUUUGUAUGGAAACAAAUAUGGUGUUUUCACGCUUCUGUGCUAUUUCUAAGUGGAUUCGUGUUUUUGAUUUGGGGCGAAACUCACGUUCAAGAGUGGAACUCGAAAAGACAUUUACCCCGACGUCGUCAUAUUAAGCCAAACCCGUCUACAAUGUCUAAUAUUUCUGAAGUGGAAGAAGAAGAAUCAUCGAAUCGAAUUCCAGCACAAUCUAAGAACUCAUCUAUCACCGGUUUUAUGAGGACAUCUGUGACUAAAAUAUAA